AGAUGAUUGAUGGGUCAUAUGGAAUCUCGCUUUCCUACUGGAAUACCACGGAUAUCAAUGCAACCGCGCCCGGAUGGUUCGACUACUGGGAUCGACCCUCGAAAAACGCAGUCAGACUCUCCGUCAUGAGUGUCUACACAAACAAGCCCGUCGAGAUCAAAGGUGGAGAUGCGAAGGCAUGUGGUGCGGGAUGGAACUGCACCUUCUCUAUCUCUUUCGUUGGUCCUGGAUACCAAUGUAACGAGAUAGCCAAUGCGUCCUCCGAUACAGCCCUGCAAUCUGGCUCCCCAUUCAACACAUCAUCUCUUGCGCCGAUUGGAGAUAAAAUCUACAUUGCUGAUGUUGACGCUGCUGAGUACGCCAACCCUCAACUUCUAACCAACGAUAAAGGCGAGCCAAUCGAGGGACCUCCGUGGCCAGCUGAGCUUGGCGCACUCAAGGCUGAACCGAAGCUAUGGAUUGGAUAUUCAGUUAAUACCACUCAACCUUACGCUCCGGAUUCAGCUUUCGCAGGCAAAUGGAAAACAGUCAAAAUUCCAAGAAUCUUCGCCUGCGAGCACCACGAAACUCAGUACACGGUUCACUUCAAUUACAGCGGAGGCAAACAAACUACCACGGUUACAAAUAAGACCUUUCUCAACCCGAUCAUCGACACAUCGAUCCAAGCCACUAAAUCUGCGAACGGCACGUCACAUCCAUUUGAUAUAACGCCAUCGUCAAACUUCAUCCUCCCGGGUCUUGAUGUCCCUCGGUACAAGUUGAUCGCCGCGUAUCACUCUAUUGGAUAUCUCUUUCGAAAUUGGCUUCGCGGUACCGUCGAGAUAGAAGGAAAAUGGCCUCGAACCCUCUCCGACGUGACCGAGACCCGGCUUGUGAACCGAAAGACGUACUGGCCCCUUCCCAAUCUAGAAAAGGAAGUGCAGUCACUGUAUGAAGAUCUGCUACUCACGUUACUAUCAGACACCUCCUUGCUCAUAGUCGCAAACGCUACGGUCCCGUGCACUAAGUCGCGAUAUGUGAGCGAAUUCAUGUACCAUACCCGGUCACUCUGGAUUGGAUACGCAAUUAUUAUAGUGUUGGCUUUUAUUUGCCUUCUCGUCGGUUUCAUUUCGAUGAUCGAGAACGGGGUAGUGUCCGGGACGGGCUUUGUGCAUACGAUGGUCACGACCCGUAACCCUGUUCUCGAUGCUCUUGGACAUGGGAGCUGCUUAGGGAACGGUCCCUUCCCAAGAGACUUGUUGAAGACGAAGCUGAAAUUUGGGGUUGUAGAUGAUGGUGGCAUAGAAGAUGGCCCGGCGCAUUGCGCAUUUGGUCUCGAGUCGCAGACUAGGAAGAUAGUAAAAGGGAUGCCAUACGCAGGGCUACACUUACCGAGGCCAGGUAAAGAGAAAGCCGACUGAGUUCGGCGUUCAAUUCUAUGUGUAUAUGUUUCACCUUUAAAUUCAAUACAGUACUAGAUCGUAAUUUUGGGCACACGGAUAUAGCACUGCUCCAACUCCUCUCUUGCUCGCUCGGCACCACUGUGAAGAGCACCCGAGCCAGCGGGUAUUAGCUUUGUUAAAAGGUAG